UGAUUGAUCCACAGUUUGCAUUUGACCCAGCUACCAUUUUGUUCUCGUCUUUAAUGGAGGAGCUACACGUGACUGUUAGCUACACUUAGCCAAAGAAAAUAAUUUAUAUUUCUUCAUCAUAGAUCCCAACACAACCGUUACAAUUUUCAUCUGCCCCAGCAAGUAUGGUUUUUCCAGAGGCAGAGCUCCCAAUAAUUGAUGUUUCUGCUCUUCGAUCAGGGUUGGAAGAAGAUGAUCCAGAUAUUCAAAGGCUGUGCAAUCAAGUAAAAGAAGCGUGCCAAAAAUGGGGAGCUUUUCGUGUGGUGAACCAUGGAGUCGAACAGGAGCUUCUGCACACUGUGGAUUCAGUUUCUCGAGAUCUCUUCAAUCUCCCACCCCAAGUAAAAGAAAGAGCCGUCAAUCUUCCCUUUGAUGGGUAUACAAAGACCGGUGCUCUUUCAUCUGGCGAGGCUAUGGGUUUCCCAGCAGUAGUAACUUCUGAUACUCUUCAGCAAUAUGCACAAAAGCUAUGGCCGCAAGGAAAUCCUAAGUUCUGUGAGAGCCUAAGAACUUACAGCUCCAAGCUAUCCGAUCUCACAAAUUCCUUAAUAAAAUCGUGUCUUCAAGGUCUAGGCCUCAUCAAACAUUUCCAGACUGAUUUUGUAGAUUGUGAGGGUAUUCUUCGUCUCAAUUAUUUCUCAGAAUAUGAGAAAAGGAGUGAUGAAAAUGUCAUUCGUUUCAAAGAGCACACAGAUUUGGGUGUGAUGACAAUUCUAUACAAUGACCAAGUGGGUGGUCUUGAAAUGCGUUCCAAACAAGGUGAAUGGUUCAGUGUAAAAUCUCUAGCUACAUCAUUCACUGUCAUCAUGGGUGAUGCUCUAAAGAUAUGGAGCAAUGAUAGAUUUUGGAGUGUGGAACAUCGUGUAGUGUAUGGAGGGAGGGAGCCUCGACUUUCUAUUGUUCUCUUCUGGAAUUUUCCACAGGAAAAGGAAGUACGUGUUCCAGAGGAGCUCAUAGAUGAUCACCAUCCACGUCGUUAUAAACCUUUUAUUUUCAAAGACUAUAGAAAUGCAAGAUCUCGACAAGCUCCUCUCGAUAUUUUUAUCUAGAACUAUUGAUUUUAUGCAAUUGACUUAUUAGCAAACAACUCAAUUUUAUUGUUAAUUUUAAGUUUUUUUUAAAAUUCUACUUUAUUAAUGCUAAAUAAACCAGCUCACAUAAAUAUAAUAAAUAUGGGCUUUGAGC